GCCGAUGUCAACGUGAUUGAAUGCGACCGUGACUGUGAUCACUACUCACUUCCCCCGCUUUCUGGUGGACGAAGCUAUCCACAUCGUCGGCCACGACAGCAGGCUAGCACUGGUCAGCUGGAUGACUUCUAAGCCAUUGUUCGCGGGGUAUCAGUGGGAUUGAGGGGACAGAGACAGAGACCGAGAGACGAGGAGACCCAAAGACCAGGAAGAUGGUGACUGGGAUACAUAGACAAGCCCCAGCGGGUCACUGCGCGCAGAGCGACGACCGUGAUAGGAUCGGUCGGUGUAACUUCGCUGUCGUUGUUCGCAUGUCUCGGUCACACGAGCUAUGCGAUGCUCGUAAAGAAUGUGAUCCGGCUGUAUCCGCAAAUAUGUUGAGAUAUGGAUGGGAUGUACGAAGCCUUAUGAUGACGCAUUCCUGGGCAUCCUUUCAUGGUGUACUUCGGGUCACAUACGAGAGAAGAGUCGCAAUGUUGCAACUCCAGCAUGUGUCAAAGUCUUCGAGACGGCUUGGAAUGGCGUUACGAGGGCUUGCCGCUGUCAGGUCCAUGUCAGGGACGGCUUGGUGCAUGUUUGCGGGGUUGGAGGUUCGGUGGAGCAGCCACGGUAUACCGCGCAACGGCGACAGCCUACAUGGCGUCGAGAUAGAUGAUGAUAAUACAUGGGGCUAUCAUCUACGUAUUAGCACCGACAAUGUAUUGUUUCAGCGCGUAGACAAUAGAUAAGAAGAUCGGGUUUGCCUUGUUGCAAGAGCCUAGAACGCCUCGAAAAUGCAGAACUGAAAUGCUACGCCACACCACAGAAAAUGCCCCUGUUG